ACAAUUUUUGUCAUGACAAACGCGAAAUUCUCAACGUAUAAUCAGAACUGUGAAAUAAAUUAAAAAUAAACAAAUAAUUUAAAAUAAUGUCUAUAACAGAGACGCCAAUAGCUCUGUCCGAUCUCGAGGCGGUGCUGGCCUGGGUGGACACUUUCAAACUUUCGCGUCCCACUAAAAAGAUAAAUAGGGAUUUUUCCGAUGCAGUACUUCUAGCUGAGAUCUUAGGCGUCCAUUAUCCAAAACUUGUUGAAAUGCACAAUUAUCCCCCGCGAAAUAGCCACUCUUUGAAAUUGAAUAACUGGAUGACCUUAAAUAGAAAGGUCCUUAAGAAACUAAGGCUCAAUUUAUGCUGCAACACAAUGGAGCAACUGGCUAACUGUGCACCGGGAGUUAUCGAGAGAGUACUUAUUAUGGUCCGUGAUAAGAUUCGCCGGGAUGAAGAGCUGAACAGAAGUAUGAACCAGGAACAAAAUUUAUCAAGCGGUGGCAGUUACUACGAGACUUGUGGCGAUGAAGCAAACGUGCUCGUUGUUCCGGUCAAGUCGCGUAUUAAUGGUAUUCUAGAGACCGUUCAACGUAAGGUGGUAUGCUACGAUUCCUAUAUGUCGCUCAAAGAGGAGAUGAAAGAUGCCAAAGAAUCUAUUGAAGUGCUUAAACAAAAGGUUGAACAUCUAGAUAAUUUACUAAAACUGAAAGAUGAAAGAAUUGAUGAAUUGCAAAAGCAAUUAGAAAGAAAACAAUCUAGGCGCAAAGAAGUUGAAGCACUGCAGAAUAGUCUAGUCAUUCCAUUCGAGUUAGGUCCUCCUUCGCCGAAAGUAAGUGACGUGGUUGUACCAAAUAAACCCCUUGUAUUAAAAAUUAGUGACACCAACAGCAAAAUACCAAAGCUUGAAGACCUAUCAAGACCUAAAUCAGAAGAGAAAAUUCCUAAAGAAGAUAUUAAAAUCUAUAAAGUAGAAGAAUCAAGAAUUCCAAUGCCAGAAAAGAGAACUCGAAUAGAGCUUGCUAAAUCUUUUUCGAAGCCAAGUAUUACUGAAGUAACACCGGAUGAUUUUGUCGAAAAGUUGAAAGACGUUGACAAAAUCAGAUCGGAAGUGUUUUUUGAAGGAAUAGAAAUCAUUGAUCAGAGGACUUUUGACAACUAUCUUGAUAACGAAGAAUUUAAAGAUACUGAAUCCGAUUUACCCAAUUCUAUACAAAAGGAUAUAUCUGAUAUUACACAAAUUAAUUUUAUACCAGAUGCCUUUGUUAAUUAAUUAGUUUAUCAAUUAAUUGUCUUGUAUUUUUAGUAUUUUUAAAAUGUCCGUAUUAUUUAUAAUUGUUUAAUAUUUAGAAAUAAAUACAUGUACACGCAAUCGUUUAUUUUUAACGUAUGUUGGCUUGGAAUAUCUCGCAUAAACUGGGAUUUUGUUUUAGUAUUUUCGUUAUGUUUCGUAGUCUGUCCUUGGCGAAAUUUUCUGUCGGGGAUCUACAAGAAUAGAAAUAGUUUUUAUUAAACAUAAAGCUGAUAAUAAUGCUUAACAUAUUAAAAAGACAUUUUUUAUUU